AGUACCUCGAACAACAACAGAGCGUCCCACGGGGCCAUUACUCACCGAAACACUCAGGCAUGGUGCGAGUAAAAGGCGACCGCCCCGCGACUCUCCGGGCGUGGGAAGAUGCAACGCUGCGCAGCCACAUAAAUUCUGCCGCCGCCGGCAAAAUCAACCUCACCGACGCCCGUGUGGUCAGCCUCCUCCGCUCCGCAUUUCCGCAUAUCUACUCCCGCCGCAGCACUAAGCUUCUAAUCGAACGCGUCGCGAGAAUCUCUCCGCUCCCGUGCAGGAGAGGCGACGCCGUGGACAACCCUACUCCGUCUCCGGUCACAAGUAAACGGCGAAAAAUAGGCGAGGCUCGGAAUGUGAUCGGGGCAAUCGUGGUCUCAAGCGCAUCCGUCUCUGCUAGCUCGUCGGAUUCUGACGUUAGGGAACUCGAUCAGUCUGAGAACGAUGAAAUUAAUGAUGAUGAUGAUGCUGCUGAUGCUGAUGAUGGUGAUGGUGAUGAUGAUGGUGAUGAUGAUACUGGAGAAACGAACGAAGAUGUGGUUAAUCACGAAAUUGUGGGGGAUUUGGGGGUGAGGCAUGAAUUAGGGAGUAAUCGGCCAAUUUUUGAGGAUUUAGGUGGGAUGCGUGGAUUGCUCGAGGAAUUGAAGAGGGAGGUGGUCAUGCCACUGCAUCAGUUGAAGGUGCUGCGCCACCUUGGAGUCGAACCCAGGGCCCGGAUUCUGUUGCAUGGGCCUCCGGGCUGUGGGAAAACCACGUUGGCCCGAGCCAUUGCCAAUGAGGCUGGAGUGCCAUUCUAUGAAAUCUCUGCUGCUGAAUUGGCGUCUGGAGCUUCAGGUGCACCAGAAGAAAAUAUUCGAAAGUUGCUCUCCACAGCAUACAUGAAAGCACCAUCUAUUGUGUUCAUUGAUGAAAUUGAUGCAAUGGAUUCAAAAACGGAAAGUUUGCAGAGAGGAGUAGUGCCAUGCGCAGUGAACCAGUUGAUGGCGUGCAUGGACGAACUAUACCGGCCCAUCAAACCUAUAAAUCACGAUGCUGAUUCUGAAAGUUCUAAUAGUAGACGUGGCUAUGUGCUGAUGAUUGGAGCAACCAAUAUGCCUGAUGAUCUUGACCCUGCCCUAAGGCGGCGGUUUGAUCGUGAAAUUGAUUUAGGUGUUCCAGAUGAUUAUGCACGGCGGCUUGACAUACUAUUAACUAUAACACGCGAUCUUAAGGUUGAAGUUGAUCUUGCAAAAUUAGCUAGGUGCACUGUGGGUUUUGUUGGAGGAGAUUUGGUAGCACUCGUAAAAGAGGCUAGUAGGAUUGCUGUAAAUAAAAUCAUGGACAAGAGAAUAAGUGAGGCUUACAAAAAACAAAGGGUGGGGGUUCGGUCUAAAGAUUGUUACAAGCAACCGUUUUCUGAUGAAGAAUUAGAGAACCUCAGCAUAACCAUGGGACAUUUCAUGGAUGCACUUAAGGUGGUUCAGCCUUCUACUAAAGUGGAAGCUUUUUCCACUGUACCAUUGGCAAAGUGGGAUGAUGUUGGAGGCCUUCAAUUUUUGAAAGUGGAGUUUGAACGUCAUGUAGUUAAGCACAUAAAGUUUCCUGAAGUUUAUAAGGGUCUUCAGUUGAACUUGAUUACCUCCUUUUUUCUCUAUGGUCCUUCUGGCUGUGGAAAGACAUUGAUUGUCGAGGCUUUGGCUAAUGAAGCAGGAGCUAAUUUCCUACAUAUCAAGGCCCCUGAACUAUUGAAAUCUGGUGAUGAGAUCGGGUUAUUGGUGCGAAAUAUAUUCAGUUAUGCAAGAGCUCACCCUCCAUCUAUAAUUUUCUUUGAUGAGUUGGACGUAGUGACCCCAUGUGACGACGAAGACAAACGGCAUUUGUCAGAGUUUAGACAGCUUAUGUCAGAGUUCAUCAGUGAUACAAAAGUAUCGAUGAGAGGUGUUUACGUGAUUGGUGCAACAAGUAGACAUAUGGGCUGGCUAAAAAUGGUGCCUCAUUUUUCGCUCAUCCAAACACACUUUGAUAGGAUUCUGUAUGUUCCUCCUCCUAGUCCAGAAGAACGAGGAGCGAUAUUGGAAGUUCUUUCUCGACACAAACCAAUAGAUGCCAAUGUGGACCUGAUGGCCCUAGGAAAAGGUGUCGCUUGUGAAAAUUUCAGUGGCAACGAUCUAUCUGCUUUGAUGAGAGAAGCUGCUAAGGCCGCCAUUGAUCGGCCAACAUUGUCCGGUGGAGGUCAUGGCGUACCAUUGACCAUCAAGGAUGCAGAUUUCAAGAGCGCAUUGGCGAAAAUCUCCCCUUCUCUCUUAUCCAUGCAAGUCAAGAACUGGGAGCUUCUCUCUAUGAAGUUUGCUGUUAAGGGCUGUUCUCAGGUGAAGAGUGGUACUAGUGGUGGUACAUGGAAGCUGUAAGAUUGGUAUGUGUAUGUUAACUUAGUUAAGUGUUUAUGGGAAUAUGCCGAAAGAUCACUAGAUUGGUAUAUGUAUGUGUGUGUAUGACUAUGAUGUGAGUUUCAACGUCACAAAAAGUUGUAUAAGACUGUCAAAUCUAGUUACAUAUCUAUAGUUUUUGUUGGUGUCUGAUCAUGUCUUGAUGGUAUGAAUACUACAUAUUGGAUUUUGACCCCUAAGAUAAGUCUGCAGGAAUAGAGGGUGUCAAAAUAUGUAUUGAUUAUUUAAUUUUCACAAAUGUCACGUAUUAAUAAAGACAUAUAAUACA